GACGAACUCCAGAUCGAAACUCAGCAGCCCGAUUUUCAUCAUUGUGUAGAAGGGGAGGGGAGACAGAAAUUCCAUCUGCAGCAGCAGCAGGAGCUCGACAUGAGCGCACGCCUCCGAUGGCUCACGGCGCGGCCGUUUCUCACAGACUUUUCUAAACGCCUGCUCGGGUACGCGACGUGGAUCCCCGUGGUCAUCAUGUUCAACAAUUACGUCGCCGAAAUACACAACGUCCACGGACCGUCCAUGUACCCCUUUUUCAACGAGGACUACAACAGCAGCCUGUUGCAGGACAAGGUCCUCACGUGGAAGUGGUGGCCUCAGUAUGACCUCGAACGCGGCAUGAUUGUGACAUUCAGGAGUCCCAACAACCCAGAGGCCAUCUCUAUCAAGAGGAUCAUCGCGGUGGAGGGUGACGUUGUCAGGACAAAGGCGCCGUAUCCGGAGCCAGUGGCACGGGUGCCGCAGGGACAUAUCUGGGUGGAGGGCGAUGGGGAUAAGACGAUUGACAGCAACACAUAUGGACCGGUGCCGAUGAGCUUAGUGACGGGCAAGGUGACUCACUUUUUGUAUCCGUUGAAGAAGUUUGGGCCGAUACGAUGGUGGGAACAUAAGGGCCGAGAGAGGUAGCAGUUGAUGAGCCUGGAUAGAAGCUGUCAAAGUUGUUUCUCACCGAUC